UACAGGAGAUGACCAGAGACUGCAGACAUAGUACAGGAGAUGACCAGAGACUGCGGACACAGUACAGGAGAUGACCAGAGACUGCGGACACAGUACAGGAGAUGACCAGAGACUGCGGACACAGUACAGGAGAUGACCAGAGACUGCGGACACAGUACAGGGGAUGACCAGAGACUGCGGACAUAGUACAGGAGAUGACCAGAGACUGCGGACAGUACAGGAGAUGACCAGAGACUGCGGACACAGUACAGGAGAUGACCAGAGACUGCGGACAGUGCAGGGGAUGACCAGAGACUGCGGACACAGUACA